GCCGAGGAGCUGGCCUGGUCUCGGAGGGAGCAGCGCCGGCCGGCCAUGCUCGGCGGAGUGCCGUACUCGUCGCAGCGAAAGUCUGAAAGCGCCAACCAGGGGUACAGUAUUUGGGGUCUUCCGCAGCCUCUCGCGCAGCCAUCGGCGGCUGCAAACGGAGGGCACGCGGCGGUCAACGGGACGUGGGGCAGCGGCUGGGCCGCGCCGGCACAGGCCACCGUGUCGGUAGAGGCGCAAGCGCCGGUGGCUCACGCUCCGCCUGCGGCCUGGAGCAAAGCCAGCGCACCGCAAUCGCUCCCCGACGCGGUGCCCGGGCUCUGCGGCGGCGGGCUGGGCGGCGGCGGGCUGGGCGGCGGGCUUGGCGCCGCGCUGGGAGGCGGCGCCACGGACGUGCUCCCCGGGCUCGAUGCGGAGCCGGGUGCGCGGCUGCCGUCCGCGUCGCCAAAGCGCUCGCCCGGCUUGUCCGCGGUCGGCUCUCCUCUGGCGGCGUCCGCCUCCUCGGUCGGGUCGCCGCUGUGCCUGCCGGCGGUGCCGAGCGGGCCACUCCCCGGGGCGCUGCCGCCGUCGAAAAUGGCGACGGCCGGGCCCGUCGCUCUGGGGGCUGGGUUGGGGGCGAUGGCUUCCCUGGUUGGUGGGGGGGCCACCGCGCCGGCUGCGCCGGCAGCCGGAGAGGGGAGGCUGCUCGUGCGCUGCAAGGGGCUGCCUUUCUCGGCGACAGCGGCGAGCGUGGCGAGCUUCUUCGAGCCGCUGGACAUUGUCGCCGGCGGCGUGCACCUCCAGCUGAACGCGGACGGAGUGCCGAACGGGGAGUGCUACGUCGAGUUCGCCUCUUCCGAGGCGCUCGCAGCCGGGCUGCAGCGCAACAGGCAAGUGAUGGGGCACCGGUACGUCGCGGUGCAGCGGGUGGACGGCGCGGAGGCGGAGCGGCUCGCCGCCGCGGGCAGCCUUGGCGCGCCGCCCGCGCCCGCGCCCGCGCCCGCGCCCGCGCCCGCGCCCGCGAGGGCGGUUGCGCCCGCCGCGGCGGCGCAAAAGGUUGGGGCGGCGGCGGCGGUGGCUGCGGCGGUGGCGGUGGCGGGGAACGGCACGGGCGGGUCGGGCUCGGUGCGGGCGGCUCGUCCCGGCUCGGCCGCUGGCAGGGAGCGGGUCGGCCACGGCGCGAGCGCGGUGCCGCCAAGCGGCGACGGUGGCAGCAGCGCGGUAGUCGUCAAGAUGCGCGGCCUGCCGUACUCUGCGAGCGACGAGCAGAUCGCCGACUUCUUUUCGGGGCUGCGCAUCGCCCCGAACGGCGUCUCGAUCGGGCGCGACGCGGGCGGGCGGCCGUCGGGCGAGGCGCACGUCGAGUUUUGCUCCGACAACGACGCGCAGGCGGCGAUGGCCUUCAACCGGCAGAGGAUGAGCGCGCCGGGCGGAGGCUCGCGCUACAUCGAGCUUUUCCGCACAAAGCAGCUCUCGUCGGGGGCGCGCGGGAGGUCGGCCGCGGCGGGCGACGCGGCCGUCGCCGCCUCGGGCGGCGGCGCCGACUCGCUCCGGCUGCGCGGGAUGCCCUUCCACUCGACGGAGGCGGAUGUGAGCUCCUUCUUCAAGGGGUACAGCAUCGCCGCGGGGGGGAUCAAGCUCGGGCCGCAGGGAGGGCACGGGCACGUGCGCUUCGCGUCGGUCGAGGAGGCGCGUCGCGCGCUGGUCAGCCUCAACCACUCGUACAUGGGCAACCGCUACAUCGAGCUCUUCUGGGCCUCGUGACGGUCAGCCCCGCGGCUGGCGCGGGGGCGAGGCCGCAGCGCCGCCGCCCCGCAGGAUAGGUUGGGCGGGGUCUCGGACGGGGGCUCGCGGCGAGCCCCCUGCUCUUCCUUGUACAUGGGGAGCGGCCCCCGCUCUCUCCCUGCCGCCCGGCCGGAGGGGGACGCCACGGCGCGCCCGCGCGCCGUGCGCUGUGUCCCUCCUGGCAGAAAGGGUGUGGGUGCAGGGGAAGGGCGGGCCGGUCGCAGACGUUUUUGAGCUAUUGUGGGGAGAGGCGGCCGGCGUGGACGAGGGCAGGGUUGGCGCUCGGCCGUGCGCAGCGCGGCGCACGCUGCCGUCUCGUCUCGACUCUCGUCGGUGCGCAUGUCUCCCACGGCGCCUCGGGUAGCUAGCGCGCGCGCCUAGAGAGAGGGGCCCCUCUCUCGAGCGCGGGGCGCGGCCACACGACGCGCAGUCUUCUCUGGAUGCGUUUCUAUUAUGUUGUCGUCUAUUUGCUGUUACAUGGGUUGUAAAAGUGCUCGCUUGACAG